AGAGUUUAAAAACCGGUUUUUUUAAGAGUCAACGAAACCGACUAGAGGGUUCUUGGACGGUAGACGUAAUCGGCAAAAAAUAAUGGCGAUUCUGUACGCGCUAGUGGCGAGAGGCACGACGGUGCUGGCGGAGUUCAGUGCCGUUUCCGGUAACACCGGAGCCGUUGCUCGCCGGAUUCUCGAGAAGUUGCCGACGGAGGUUGAAUCUAGAUUAUGUUUCUCUCAAGAUCGAUACAUCUUCCAUAUUCUCAGAUCUGAUUCUCUCACGUUUCUCUGUAUGGCCAACGAUACCUUCGGAAGAAGAAUCCCAUUUUCAUACUUGGAGGACAUUCAAAUGAGGUUUAUAAAAAACUAUGGUAAGGUGGCACCAUAUGCACCUGCUUAUGCUAUGAACGAUGAAUUUUCAAGGGUUUUGCAUCAGCAGAUGGAGUUUUUUUCAAGUAAUCCUAGUGCAGAUACGCUCAACCGUGUUAGGAGUGAAGUUGGUGAGGUACGCACCAUCAUGGUGGAUAACAUUGAGAAGAUAUUAGACAGAGGUGACCGGAUUGAGCUUCUUGUCGAUAAAACUUCAACAAUGCAAGACAGUGCCUUCCAUUUUAAGAAACAAUCAAAGCGACUCCGCAGAGCUCUUUGGAUGAAAAAUGCAAAGCUACUGGCCUUGUUGACAUGCUUGAUAUUUCUACUACUGUAUAUAAUUGUCGCGGCAUGUUGUGGGGGAAUCACUCUACCGUCCUGCAGAUCAUAAGUUGUUUCACUUGAGGUGUUGCUUUAUUACUUGUUAUGUCAGGUUUGUCGAGAUUGUGUACAUGAGUUUACAUAUCAGUUUUCGAUACCGUGAAACCUUCUGAGUUGGUCCCGUACACUGAGGGAUCAUCUAUGUUUUGCUCUGUUUUAUGUCUUUUGUAAAUUGUAUAAAUAUUUAGUAGCAUUGACGUGUAAACUCUCAGCUUCAAACUCUCGUGCCUAAAUGUGAUAUUGUACGCGAUCCUUUUAUCUAUGUAUAAAUAUUAUAACAGGCCCCA